UUUUCUAUCUAUAUCACCUCACAUUAUUUCCCGUAUAGCGAGUGUUGUCGAAUAUUUAGUGUAUUCCCUACGCUGUUAAUCAACGUACGUCACCGAAACGUAGAAUUCACGAACGUUACACGGGGUUGCAGUCACGCUCGUGCUGACAUCACGUGUUGUCGUGUUAUGUAACCGUCUGCUGCUCACGAGAGCAUAACAAACCCCCUCGCGCCCGUCGUCCCGAUUCACGUGCAUUCAGCUGCGUCGUUUUAUGCAGCGGUUUCCCUCUUAGGUCCGCAAUGCUAUGAAUAUGCAACGACUCGGACUCGGGACGACAACAAACGUCCGUCCAUUGCAGUCAUUUCCCCUUUAUUACCGGCGUGAUGGAUGAGCUGGUGCACGACCUGGUGUCUGCGCUGGAGCAGACCUCUGAGCAGAACAACCUAGGCCACUUGUGGAAGGAGAUGGUUCUCAGCCCACUGCGGCGGCAACGCAGGCAGAUCCGCCGCCGCAGGGACCGCAAGCGCCGCUGCAACCCCUCCCUGCACCUCCUGCAGCUCCGACGCUGCCUGAGCGCGGCCUCCGAUUCCAGCCUGGACGAGGGCGCCAAGGACUGCAGGGGGAGCUCCACCCGAGCACCGUCCACCACCACCACCACCACCACCACCACGGCCUCCGUCUCCGCCGCCAACUACAGCGACUCUGACGACAUGGUGGUGACCCACCGCUGGCACUCCUUCACCAGGGACCCGGUGCGGUCCAGACAACACUCCUGGCCGGAGUCGGACUCCUUCACGGAGAACACCCCGGGACGUCCACUCCGGAGACGUCGGAAGGUGAAGCGCAUGACCUCCGAUGUGAUGUUCCGGCUGCAGCGGACGCUGAAGGUGUCGGGUGUGGAGAGAGAGGCGGCGUUCAGGCACAGGUCAUCGUCCAAGAAGAAGCAGCAGAGGCUCUCGGGGAUGAAGAAGGGGGGGGCGGCCGGCUGGAGCCGGGCGAACGUGAACCUCCAGGCGGAGGGAGUGGGUCUUCUGGCCUCCGAGUGCUGGAAGGAUAAGAUCAUCCUGGAGGCCCAGGAGCAGCGAGACGCGUCGGAUGAGAGCAUGUCUGAAGGCGAAACCAGCAGUAUAUGCAGCAGUGACCCUGGCCUGUUCACCAACGAUGAGGGGCGACAAGGUGACGACGAGCAGAGCGACUGGUUCUUCGAGGGCGACUGCGGCGCGGGGCCGAGUGUGGCGGGUCUGAUGCCCGGCUGGGACUCGGACAGCUCUCUGGGCCUGGAGGGCGAGCGGCCCCCGUCCAGGCGCACGUUCCUGCAGCCUGCACGGCCCUCCCAGCGAGGGAUCCAAGCUCGCCUCAACCAACUGCCAGGCGUUUCUGGCCGCUGCAUCAGGAAGGGCUGCAGGCGGAUCAUCACCAAGGGUAACAGCAUGCCAAUGUUUGUGGACAGAAUGAAGCACUUGUCUCACAAUCCUUAUCAGAGAGAUUUCCGGGCACUUUCCUAUGGAAACCGAGAGCGCAGCCAGUUAAACUCCCUGCGCUCGUUACCGGUGUACCCGAUCGAGAUGGGGCCAGGGAACUGUCACCAUGGAUGUUCCUCCUCAGUGUGCAGGAACAGGCAGACGAACGUGCACGUGGGACUGCUGUGCAGUAGGGACGUCAAGAGAAGGAGGAAGACCUCCAGCUUGUCCACCAGGAUGUCAGCGGACAUCCUGUUCCAUAGGGAGGAGCUAGGAGGAGAGGCGCAGGCAGCCGUCCCACCACCAGAGGCUGAGGUGGCUGUAGAGGGCCCGGGGAUGGGAGAGAGACCCGGGACCCCUGACCCACCGGACCUCCUCCCACCGCAGACCUCCUCUGACCCCCACGGGGAGCGGCUGGACAUCUGAAGAACUGGACGCUGAGAGGACCAGGGUAUACGACACAAAUAACUUAAACUGGAAAAGGCACUGUUCCGACAUGUUCGAUUGGGAGAUAGAGGUGUGAAGCACCUUUUUUAAACGGACACCAAAAAAAAAAAAAAAACUUUUAUUUUUAAAGAGAUUAUUGCGCCAUCUUCCCGGUCGUGACCAAUA